AGAUCAGCUGUUGUUGCUGCCAGCCCUGGUUAGGGAAAAUUUCACGGCCAACAACCAAAAUUCGCGGUCAAAAUUCGCGGAAGUGAGGUCUCUAGUUUUAUGUAAUGUCUAGAUGACGCGGAUUUUGCUCCUAGUUAAGCGCUAAUUGUGGCACUCUGCUAUGUUCACCUACCACCUGGGGUUCGUGGUCCGCUGCGCGCGGCAAAAGCCGCUGCUCCUGUGGGCACCCGCCUGCCACAUGAGCGGUCUCAGUCCGCUGAAGGAAUACGAGAAGCGUGUUAGUUCUGGCCAACUGAUGACCGACAACAGGCAGCUGCAGACGAUGAAGGAGCUAGAUGCGCUGUACCACAAGAUCCAGGGGUAUAAACCCAGCUACAGGGCGGGCGGUGGCGGCGGAGGAUUUUUCAGUUCAAUCUUCGGUAGGAAAUCUUCCCCCGAAGAUGACGAUCAGGAUGAUCCUAACGCUGGCAGUCACGCCCCCCAGGGUCUGUACCUGUACGGCAGCGUGGGUGUGGGCAAGACCACUCUCAUGGACCUGUUCUUCGACUGCUGUACCCAAAUUCAUCGCAAGCAGCGCGUCCAUUUCACUUCGUUCAUGAACACCGUGCACACCCGCAUCCACGAGGCCAAGCAGAGACAAGGACCUGUUGACCGUGCCUUUAAUUCUGAGAAGCCAGCACCAUUUGAUCCCACAAAACCGGUUGCUGACCUGAUCGCCAGCGAGUCCUGGUUGAUUUGCUUCGAUGAAUUUCAGGUGACGGACAUAGCCGACGCCAUGGUGCUAAAGCGAUUGUUUACGCAUCUUUUCCGCCAUGGCAUUGUGGUUGUGGCCACCAGCAAUCGGCAUCCAGAGGAUCUGUACAAGAACGGACUGCAGCGCACGAACUUUCUGCCCUUCAUUGCGUUGCUUCAGCGUCGCUGUAAGGUGUCCCAGUUGGAUUCUAUUGACUACCGACGUAUAGCUCAAUCUGGUGACACCAACUACUUUAUCAAAGGCCAAACGGAUGCAGACGGCAGUAUGAAUCGCAUGUUCAAGAUCCUGUGCGCCGAAGAAAACGAUAUUAUCCGGCCGCGGACCCUGACUCAUUUCGGAAGAGAUCUGACCUUCAAUCGCACGUGUGGACAGGUACUGGACAGCACCUUCUCGGAACUCUGUGAUCGCCCUUUGGCUGGCAGUGAUUUCUUACAGAUAUCGCAGUUCUUUCACACCGUCCUCAUCCGAGAUGUGCCCCAACUGACCCUUGAUUUGAAGGCACAGAUGCGACGAUUUAUCACGCUCAUAGAUACCCUUUACAAUAACCGAGUGCGUGUGGUGAUAUCGGCCGACGUUGCGCUGGAAAACUUGUUCAGCUUUACUGGAGGCUCCAAAACGCUGUCCGAUUCAGAACGGACCCUAAUGGACGAUCUAAAUAUAAAAGAAUCCAAAGCCAGUUUUUUCACCGGCGAGGAGGAGCUUUUCGCCUUUGAUCGCACACUAUCUCGACUCUAUGAAAUGCAGAAGCGGGAGUACUGGGAGCAGUGGGCCAAACAUCGAUGAAACCCCUUGUCACAAAGCAGUAGUUCAAUUAGCGCUUUUAAAAUUACAUGUUUUCUACCUCGCUGAAGGCGGUAUUUUAAAAUUCACAAUAUCUUGUACUUACAAAUUUCAUAUCGAAAAUGCAAUAUUAAAAAUAGGUGUAUUUCGCAAGUAUUAAGCCAAUAAAAAAUAGACAAAGUUACCUAA